AUGCGAUGGGCGCAGGGCAACUACGGAAUUGAGCGGGCAGCAGAUCUUGUGCUCAGUGAUCUCAUAGGAGCUGGCAUUUAUAUGACCGACCUGGAUGCACUUCAGCUUGUGGGGCCGCUUGGGCUUCUGGUUGCAUUCCUGAUUCUCAGUGUCAUCGCCGCCUGUAUUGGCGAUACUGUCAGCCACCUCGUCCAGCUGUUUCCCACGCCCAAUGCAGUCUUUGAGUACGUCUACAACUUUGUGGAUCAUGAACUCGGGUGGGUCGUCGGUACGCCUGGGUUACGACGUUCUUUGGAGAUGCUCACGGCUGCCUCUAUAACUGAAUACUGGGGCCUUGACCACGUAGCGAUCGGCGUCAUAUUCUAUGUCACAGUCCCGGUGUUCUGCGUUGUGAUCAAUUCGAUCAAUGUCAAGUAUUUCGGCUGGGUGGAGACUGCGGGUGGGCUGUUAAAAGUGCUGCUCAUUCUCACCUUGUCUAUCGCCUUCUAUGCAGUGGCUGGAAAAUAUGGACUGGCAACAGGAGACAACGCGACCAUUGGCCGAGGCUUCGAGCCCAACCCAGAUUACACCGACAAUACAUGGACAGCAUUCUGCAUGGCUCUGCCCCUGGUCGCAUGGAGCUUCGGAGGGAUCGAGAGCACUACGAUGGCAGCCUUUGAAGCAAGAACGAUAGGCGACAUCGCACUUGCAUCGAGAUCUAUCCACUGGAUCCUUAUCGGUCUUCACUUCUUCUACAUCCUCGGCAUGAUGUUUACCGUUCCAUGGGAUUCUUCUGAUGUCACGUCGUUUCACCCUUGGGUCAAUGUCACCAGGGCUUCUGCCGAUCCCGACAGUGGCCUUUUCAACACGUUCAACUCGACUGACGAAUGCUACAAGUCGACGGUUGCUGUGGUCAAAGCGAUUUGCAACAUUAAUAGGCCACAGGACGGCCCCCCAAAUGCAGACGUCAGGGGCCUAGCAAACUUUGUAAAUGUUGUCAUUCUAUAUAGUGUACUGUCCUGUGGCAACGCUGCACUGUACAUCGCCAGUCGCACAUUGUACGGUCUUGCAUCGAGCGAAAGAGUAAAACGAAAGGGGCUCACAAACCCUCUGAUACGGUACCUCGGGUCAACUCGUCCGGGAACAGGAGUUCCGUUCUACUCGGUUGUCUUCUCGUGGCUUAUCUUCUGCUGGGUGCCCUUCCUAGGCUUCGCAUGGAAUGGUGACUGGAAGACUUUGGCCAGUAUGAGACAAUUUCUCUUCGUUACGUCGAGUAUGGCCUUUAUAGCGGUUUGGAUAUGCCUUUGUUUGGCAUUCAUCAGAUUCCGAACCUGGUGUAAUUAUUGCGCCAUCGGCCUGCGGAAUCUGGACGACGAUAGCCGCCCCAGUCACUACCAGGAAUAUAUUUCGAAAGGCCGUAUCGUAACAAAAGGGAUUCUCCCCCAGCCACUGGCGGCGUGGAUCGGCCUCGUGGGAUCCUUGCUUUUGAUCGUUGUGUCAAGCUCGGUCUGGUGGGACGUGCGGGCUGAGACCAACGACAAGGGCGGAAUUUCGGAUGCCUGCAAGGAAUUCUUCUGGCCCUUUGGGGCAGCUCUCAAGGCGUGGAACGGAAACUGGAAGAAGGCCUGGUGGGUUCCCAUGGAUAGAAAUCCUUCAGACCCUGAGAUGCUCCGCGAUUGUAUAGACAAUCUGAACUCGGCGUCCAAAAAGGCGGCUGAAAGGGGACAGUUUAGAGAAGAAGCACUUGUGGUUUGGGGUUCCAACGGUGCAUUCAACGGGCACGCAGCCCGACGGACGAAUUCGGCCAGCACUAGUUUGGGUCCUACAGAAAUGGGACGAUAA